AAGGAGAAGAUCGUAAUUAUAAACCAUGCUUUUAUCUAUACGCUACAUUAUACGGACUAGCUACUCUAACUGCCAUUUUCAUAGAUAUGAGCAUGAAAGUUCCUUCGCAGAAUGCCUGCCGAAAUUUAAAAAACCUUCUUAAAAAUUCAGAAGUCUGCUUGAUGUUAAUCCAUGUGGCAUUUUUGGGAAUAUGUUGGGGAUUUUUAGAGAACUUUUUAUUUUUGUUUCUGGAAAAAGAUUUAGGUUUUUCUAGUUUACUACUCGGGUUGACUGUAACUAUUGGUUCUGGAACGGGACUUCCGAUGUCUCUUGUGUCUACUUGGGUUACUAAGAAGAUUGGUUAUGUUAAUGUCAUGGUAUUAGCUUUUUUCGCGUAUACAGUUCGUUAUUUAGGUUACUCUUAUGCAACUGAUCCCUAUAUCUGUUUCAUAUAUGAGAUGAUGGAAAAUUUUACUGUAACACUGCUCACAGUUGGAACUACGUUAUAUUGUACGCACUUAUCAUCCCUUGAAAUGCUGACAACGAUGAUGACUUUAUGGAAUGGCCUUCAUGUUAUUUCAGGCCGUGCUUUUGGUAGCCUAAUAGGAGGAUUUUUAAUGGAUUCUAUCGGGCCGAGGAAGACAUUUCGAAUUUUUUCUGUCGGUUGCGCUAUUUUGGGAAUUUCCUAUUUUUUAAUCAAUUUAUUUUAUCUGAGAAAAUUAAGGAAAAAGGAAAUCGAAAGUGAUCUAGAUAAAGAAAUGGAAG